AACAUGAAUAAAUCCAGAGGGCAUACGAAGUAUUUCGUGAAGUUUUCUACACAUUUUCUGAAGAUAAUAAAAAGGCCUAGUGUGAAGAAGACCUAACCUAAAUUGAAGAGCUAGGGUGAUACACAUGAGGAAGUACCUGUAGUGAGUGACUGGGCCAUGAGAAGUGUCACUCAAUGAGAUGGAGAUGUUACAUGAAGAGCUUGAAGUUCUCCAGUCUGUUUACUGUCUACCUGGAGAGUGUGAAGUGGAUAACAAUGAUGGAUUUCACAAAUUGACCUUGAAGCUUAGGCCUAGCCAAGGUGAAAGUGAAGAGAGGGUCACAGCUCCAGAGAUGUCUGUAACAUUUUACCUAAGUUCUGAAUAUCCUAAUGUUGUACCCCAGAUUUCCAUUGUGAGUGCAUACCUGCGUCGAGACCAGCUGAGUAAACUUCGUCAGGAAGUCUCUCUAUUGGCUCAGUCUCUACAAGGACAGGCCAUGCUAGCUGAUCUCAUAUCUUUUGCACAAGAAUAUAUGGACAAAACUCACAGUGAAUUUACUGACCAAUCAGGUGCCAUGUUACAUGGGACCUUUAACAUUGAAAGCCAAUCAGAAAUAUGGACAGCUCUCUUGCAGCUCAAUCAUAUGCGAGCAAGAAAUAAGUACGUUAAAACAAUUCAGAAUUGGAGCACUGAGCUUGGACUGGAAGGGAAAUUACUUUUCCAAGGCAAAUUGAUAUUAAUCCUAUUGCAAGGUCCACAAUCAAAAAUCAAGGACUACAUUGUGCGACAGAAAAGUGUGUGUGUGGAUGUGGACUCGCGGGGACGAAGCUGCAAGGAGAAAAUGAUGAGUGUUCUAUGUGAACAAAGGAGUAAUUCAACCAGCAAAAGGUUUACUGAAUUUGAGGUAAAGGACUGUGAAACCCCCAGAGAACUACAAAAUGUGUUUACAGAGACAGGCCACGAGGAUCUGUUCCACAACUUCGUACAAGGCUUGCAGGGAUUUCACCAAUAAUCAUAUGGUGGGCCAGAAUGAACUUUAACUUUAUGAUGAACAUGUUUUUAUUUAAACUGCCUGGAUUAAAACUUCAUUAAUUCACCAGUAAACCUGUAAAGGGAUUGUCUGGAACCUACCCAUAUGUUUACAUGAACAGGGCCUCCCUGGAAUCUACCAAAAUGUAUACAUGUACAGGGCCUGCCGGGAACCUAUCCAUAUGUAUACACAUACAUGACAUGUCUGGAAUAUACCAAAAUGUAUACAUGUACAGGGCUUUUUUGGAACCUACCCAUAUGUAUUCACAUGCAAGACAUGUCUGUAAUAUACCCAUAUGUAUACAUGUCUAGGGCCUGUUUAGGACUUACCCGUGUGUAGACAUGUAGAGGGCCUGUCACGAACCAAUACAGGACCUAUCUGGAACUUGCCAAUAUGUAAAGAACCUGUCGGGAACCUAUUAGCAUGUAGGCUUUGUGGGGAAUCCAUCAAUGAUUUCAACGGGACAGAUUAAACUAGAUGAGCAA